AUGACUCCUCAUUUGGAAGAAGCACCCGGCUCUUCGGAAAGAAAUAGUUCAAAUAAACUCGAAAAAAAAGACAGUUUCAUGGUCAGAUCUCCUAAUGUAGUCUAUACAGAAAACGAGAUUCAGUCCAAGUAUACAUAUCGCACCACUCAUAUAGAAAAUUCUCCCGAUGGGAAGUUAACUGCCAUUCCCAUAGAAACUGUUUACGAAUUCAAGGUUGAUCGAAAAGUUCCUAGGAUGGGUAUGAUGCUUGUGGGCUGGGGCGGGAAUAACGGAACAACUGUAACUGCCGGAAUUAUCGCCAACCGAAAUAGUCUAACAUGGGAUACUAGAGAAGGCCCACGAACCGCCAAUUACUAUGGAUCGGUUGUCAUGGGAUCCACCGUUAAACUUGGCACUGAUUAUCGCACCUCUCAGGAUGUCAAUAUUUCAUUUCAUGAAAUGUUACCAAUGGUACACCCCAAUGAUCUUGUUGUUGGUGGCUGGGACAUUAGUGGAAUGAAUUUAGCCCAGGCUAUGGAUCGAGCUUCUGUACUUGAACCAACCCUCAAGGCAGCUGUCAAGAAAGAAAUGUCUGAAAUGCUGCCCCUUCCCAGUAUAUAUUAUCCUGAUUUUAUUGCUGCAAACCAGGAAGACCGCGCUGAUAACUUACUCCCGGGUAAUAAAGCAUGUCACGGGCAUGUCAAUGAAAUUCGCAAAAAUAUACAUGAUUUUAAAACCAAAAAUAAUCUAGAUAAAGUUGUGGUAUUAUGGACUGCUAACACAGAACGCUUCUCUGAAAUAAUCUGUGGCGUCAAUGAUACAGCCAAGAAUUUGCUGAUGGCUAUAGAGAAUGGCCAUGAAGAGGUAUCACCUUCAACCAUCUUUGCUGUAGCGUCUAUUCUUGAGGGAGCUCCAUUUAUCAAUGGCUCCCCUCAGAACACCUUCGUCCCUGGAGUUAUUGAACUUGCUGAGAAACACGAUACAUUUAUUGGAGGUGAUGAUUUCAAAUCUGGUCAGACCAAAAUGAAAUCUGCCCUUGUCGAUUUUCUUAUAAGUGCUGGUAUAAAGCUCACAUCUAUAGCUAGCUACAAUCAUCUAGGCAAUAAUGAUGGAAAGAAUCUGAGUUCUCAAAGGCAAUUUCGAUCUAAAGAGAUUUCUAAAUCCAAUGUGGUUGAUGACAUGGUUCAUGCCAAUCAUGUUCUAUAUAAGGAGGGGGAGCAUCCAGACCAUACAGUCGUCAUCAAAUAUAUGCCAUCAGUUGGCGACAAUAAACGUGCACUGGAUGAAUAUUAUGCAGAAAUCUUUAUGGGAGGUCACCAAACCAUAUCUAUCUUUAACGUUUGUGAGGACUCUCUUCUCGCAUCUCCAUUAAUCAUAGAUCUUGUAAUUAUCACCGAGAUGAUGACUCGUAUCCAGUGGAAAAUUGAGUCAGGUUCCCCACAAGAUUUCAAGAAUUUUCACUCUGUACUCAGCAUCCUAAGCUUCAUGCUUAAAGCUCCCCUUACUCCACCUGGCACACCAGUGAUCAACGCUCUGGCAAAGCAGCGUAAUGCAUUGGUCAAUAUCUUUCGUGCAUGUGUUGGUCUAGAGCCUCAGAACGAUAUGACCCUUGAGCAUAAGCUAUUUUGA